AAAGUAGAGCGCGUCUUGUCCAUCGCAGGGAGCCGAGUUGUGGCGAUGGCGAUGGUGGCUUCGACGUCUCAAGCGCCCGUCAAACUUGCGCACGACGCUUGGUCCCCACCAAUUGUGGUGACAGCGCAGCGACGUGCGUGUGCACGAGUGGAAUGGUAACCUAGCUGGGUUUGCGUCUGAUCGAGCUGUGUUGCCAUGUUCACGGAGAAGGAGCGCAUCGAGACAGAGAUGGCGUUGCGGGGAGCCUCUGAGACAACGAUCCCGGCGGGCCUCGCUUUCGUCUCGCUCCCUCUUACGCCCCCAGGUAAUCCCCCGAGUGCGAUGCAUCAUCGCGAUUUUGGCUACGACGAGGCUGCGUCGUCUGUUUCCGCGGCUGGGUUGUUGUCGUCGUCCUCUUCGGUGGACCCUUCAUACCCUCUGCCGUUGUUGUCAACAGCUUCCCAUUCCGAGUCGGGAUUACCUGCUUAUGGGAGCGAUCCUUCCGCUUUGGCUAUGGAAUCCCCGCGCUUUCAGUUUAUUUCGGAGAAGCAGCAGAGCCGGAUUUUGUCGCCUCACCCGACGCUCCUGCGUAAGCCAUCUUUUCUGUCUCGGAGUCUUGCGCUUGUGACCCCGCGGGAUGCCGCUUCUCCGCACCCGUUUAGUCGAAUGUAUGGCGGUGUCAAUUCCACGGGUGGUGGGCUCGGAACUCCUAACGUGAAGAGAGAGGAGGCUGUGUAUGGAGAGGACGGUAAAAGUUUGUGGAAGAAUUCUGAUAAUUCGAAUUAUCAAGAUGUGGGGUUUCGGGGGCUCUUGGCUCGCAUUAUGAAACCUGGGAACAAGCCAUUGAAGAAGGUUUUCGUGCUUAUCAUUCUCAACUUGGCGUAUUCUGCGACUGAGUUUGUCAUCGGUCUUCUCACGGGCCGCGUGGGAUUAGUAUCGGAUGCGUUUCAUUUAUCCUUUGGAUGUGGUGUGCUCACAUUUUCUCUCUUUGCCAUGACGAUGUCCGACCGUCCACCUGACAAGGCAUACACAUUCGGGCACGAGAGGUUAGAAGUCUUGGCAGCUCUUACUAAUGCGCUUUUCCUGCUUUUCCUCUCUUUCUCUCUUGCUGUGGAAGCGCUGCACGCAUUUGUUCAAGAUGAAGCGGAGCACAAGCAUUAUUUGAUAGUUUCAGCAGUAUCAAAUCUUGUGGUCAAUCUAUUGGGGGUAUGGUUCUUCCGAAGAUAUGCGCGACGAAGAUUUGCGUAUAGAAGAGCGCAAGACAUCAAUUUACACUCAAUAUGUCUCCACGUGCUUUCUGAUUCUUUCCGAAGUGCGGGAGUCAUCUUAGCAUCUUGGCUUCUAGCAUUAGGGGUAACGUAUGCCGAAACACUGUGCCACGGAUUAGUCGCAGCAGUCGUCUUUUAUACGGCGAUGCCACUCUUUCAGGCAUCUGGAGCUAUACUUUCACAGAUGGCUCCUUCUGGCACCACAGCUGCUGCAUUGAAUAAGUGUCUCCGUCAGGUUAGGAUGCUGGAUGACGUGAUGCAGUGCUACAAUGCUCGAUUUUGGGACUUGGUGCCGGGCUCUAUUGUAGGGACGUUAGUAAUGCAGGUGAGAGAAGGAGCAGACGAGCAGAGUAUACUGUCUACUGUACAUAGCAUCUACAAUGAUAUCGGAGUCAAGGACCUUACUGUGGAGAUCGAGAUUUAUGAUUAGAAAUGAUAUUUGACACUAAUCUUGGUAUGUGCUGUACAUCAUUGGAAGUAAAUGAAUGACAAUAGAAUUGACCUGACUAUUGUCACUAUUGCUUUUUCCCAUUUCAUGUUCAUAACAUGAGGCUGGAUAUUUUCAAUGGUUUAGAAAUUGGGGAAUUGGCGCUUAUGACAAAGCGAGUCACCUGUUUCUGGGCAUUUUACUCUUUGAAUCAAUUCCACUCAAUUCAAGGUUUUUA